AUGAGCGCCUGUAUUGGCAACCACAAAACGUGCAGCGAGACUUUCUCGGGUGCUAUCCUUGAUGAAUGCACUCCUCCAAUCUUACCCACUAGAAUCAUUGAUGUGGGAUCUCCUGAUAGGGAAAUAUCGCCGCGUUUGAUAGAAACAAAGGGUAUGGCUGGGUACUAUGUCGCCCUCAGUCAUUGUUGGGGAAAGCCUUCCAAGCGUCCUCUUAUGACCACUCAGUCUAGCAUCCAGAGCCACCUAACGAACAUACCCUGGGAGCUUGUACCCAAGGCAUAUCAGGACGCCAUGACAGCCACACGCCGCCUUGGCCUCCAAUACAUCUGGAUAGAUUCACUUUGCAUCAUUCAAGAUUCCCACUCCGACUGGCUGGAUGAAUCGACGCAUAUGGGGAUGGUGUACGAAAACGCUCGUCUAACAAUUGCUGCCUCCCACGCGUCUGACUCCAGCCAAGGGUGUUUCUUCACGCGUUCCCAUCCUCCAGCCUCCAUCGAGCUGUCUCACAUAUCGCAAUCCGGCGAUCGUGAAGGGUCCGUAUUCGCAAGCUCCAUGCCAAUAGACUAUGUCCCCAUCACACCAGAACUUGGUCCCCUCGCCCAGCGAGCCUGGGCAACCCAAGAAUGGCUUCUCUCCCGUCGCAUGAUAUUCUACACCGCUGAUAGCCUUGUCUGGUCUUGCAAGAUGAUCACUCAACGCGAAACUGGUGGCUCGUUUCACUCCACCGCUCGGAAUCACCGGUGGAAAAUCAUCAUUGAGCGAUACUCAGCCCGUCUGCUUACCAAGGCAACUGAUCGCCUUAUCGCACUCGAGGGGCUGAGGAAGGAGAUGGGGAAGAAGAGGGUAAACGAUACCUACUGCUUCGGGCUGUGGAAGACUAGCAUGCCCGACCAACUGCUGUGGUUUUGCAAAGACCCAGCCGAGCGGUCGAAAAGUCUACUGGGGCUGCCGACGUGGACUUGGGCG